AUGGCGGGGGCACGCCCUGCUCCGCCAGGUCCUGCGGAGCGCUCCAAGCUGUGUUCCUCCAAGGAGUCGUACGAGGAGCCCAAUGUCCCCCGCAGGAUCAAGCAGCUGCGCUUCAGCCUCAUGUCCCCCAGCGAGAUCAUCCAAACCUCAGAGAUGCAUGUGUACGAGAGGGCUCUCUACAAGAUGCCGGAGCGCCGGCCGCAGCCCAAUGGGGUGCUGGAUGGGCGUCUGGGCGUGAGCAACAAGCGCGCCAUCUGCGAGACGUGCGGCCAGCACCUGAGCGACUGCACGGGGCACUUUGGCUACAUCAAGCUGGAGCUGCCCGUGUUCCACAUCGGGUACCUGAAGAACACGGUGCAGAUCCUGCAGUGCGUCUGCAAGACCUGCUCCCGCGUGCUGCUGCCGGCGGGGGAGCGCAGCGCCUUCCUGCGCCGCUUCCGCUCGCUGCGCACGGAGCGCGUGCAGCGCGAGGCCGUCUUCAAACGCGUCCUGGACCGAUGCAAGCGCACCAAGCUCUGCCCCCACUGCGGCGCGGAAAACGGCGUGGUGAAGAAGGUCACGGGGACGCUCAAGAUCAUCCACGACCCUUUCACCCGGAACAAGGGGCGGGCUGACGUCAUCCAAGACGACCUGGCCAUGGCCUGCCAGUACAACGACCAGCUGCGUGGCAACCUAGCCAGAGUCAUGGACGACCUCAACCCCCUGCGCGUGCGCCAGCUCUUCACUAAUAUUCCACAAGCCGAUCUGGAGCUGCUGGACGUGGCCGGCCGCCCCGAGGACCUGCUCAUCUCCGCGGUUCCCGUCCCCCCCGUCUGCAUCCGCCCCUCCGUGGAGAUGGACGCCGGGGCGGGGUCCAACGAGGACGACAUCACCAUGCGCCUGGCCAACAUCGUGGAGACCAACGCCACGCUGCGCCAGGACCUGGCCGCCGGCGCCCCCGCCUCCAACCUGAUGGAGCACUGGGACUACCUCCAGUUCCUCUGCGCCACGGUGAUCAACAGCGACCUCCCCGGCCUCAGCGCAAUGUACCAGACCGGGGGGGCCAAGCCAACGCGGGGCCUGGUCCAGCGGCUGAAGGGCAAGCAGGGGCGGUUCCGGGGGAACCUGUCGGGCAAGCGCGUCGACUUCUCCGGACGCACCGUCAUCUCCCCGGACCCCAACCUGCGAGUCAGCGAGGUGUGCGUGCCUCGCCUCAUGGCCCUGACCCUGACCUACCCGGAGCGCGUGACAGCGCACAACAUGGAGAAACUGAAGCAGCGGGUGCUGGCGGGGGCGUCGCACUGGCCGGGGGCCUCCUUCGUCAUCUUCCCCAAUGGCGACAAGGUCUUCCUCAGGUUCGGGGACCGGCGGCGCAUCGCCUCCGAGCUCAAGAUCGGGGACAUUGUGGAGAGGCACCUCGAAGACGGCGACAUCGUGCUGUUCAAUCGCCAGCCGUCGCUGCAUCGCAUGUCCAUCAUGGCGCACCGGGCCAGGGUCAUGCCGUGGCGGACGCUGCGCUUCAACGAGUGUGUGUGCUCACCCUACAAUGCCGACUUUGACGGGGAUGAGAUGAACAUCCACGUGCCGCAGACGGAGGAGGCCCGGGCGGAGGCGCUGCAGCUGAUGGGGGUGGUGAACAACCUGUGCACGCCCAAGAACGGGGAGAUCCUGGUGGCAGCAACCCAGGAUUUUCUGACCUCGGCCUACCUGCUCACGUCCAAGGACAAGUUCUUCACCCGCCCCAAGCUGGCGCAGGCACUGGCGUACCUCACGGACAAUCGCCAGGACAUAGAGCUUCCCCCUCCCGCAAUCGUGAAGCCGCUGGAGCUGUGGACCGGGAAGCAGGUCUUCACCAUGCUCCUGCGCCCCAACUCCCGAGUCAAGCUGUUUGUGAGCCUGGAGACGGCGGAGAAGAUCUACACCAAGCAGGGCCAGCACAUGUGCCCCGCGGACGGCUACGUCUGCUUCCACAACUCCCACCUCAUCUGUGGCCGCCUGGGCAAGGUGACGCUGGGCGGCGGCAACAAGGCCGGUCUCUUCCAGGUGCUCAUGGCCGACUACUCAGCAGCCGUCGCCGCAGAGGCCAUGUCACGCCUGGCCAAGCUGUCGGCGCGCUUCAUCGGCGACCAGGGCUUCUCCAUCGGCAUCGACGACGUGACCCCGGCGCCGGAGCUGCAGCGCGCCAAGGCCGCCACGCUGGCCGCGGGUUACGGGCAGUGCGACGACUUCAUCGCUGCCUACGGCCGGGGGAAGCUGGCGCUGCAGCCGGGGUGCAACGCAGAGGAGUCGCUGGAGGCCUCGGUGACCGGGGUAUUGAACAACAUCCGGGAGCAGGCCGCCAAGGUGUGUAUGGCGUCGCUGCACCCCCUGAACUCCCCCCUCAUCAUGAGCCAGUGUGGGUCCAAGGGCUCCCCCAUCAACAUCGCCCAGAUGGUGGCCUGCGUGGGGCAGCAGUCGGUGGGCGGCAAGCGCACGCCCAACGGCUUCACCGACCGCUCGCUGCCCCACUUCCCGCGCGGCGACUGCACGCCGGCGGGCAAGGGCUUCGUGGCCAACUCCUUCUACUCGGGCCUCACCCCCACCGAGUUCUUCUUCCACACCAUGGCGGGGCGGGAGGGGCUGGUGGACACUGCGGUGAAGACCGCCGAGACGGGGUACAUGUCGCGCCGGCUGAUGAAGGCGCUGGAGGACCUGUACGCGCACUACGACGGCACCGUGCGCAAUGCCGCGGGCGGCGUGGUGCAGCUGCAGUACGGAGAGGACGGCAUGGACCCUGUGGGCAUGGAAGGAAAGGACGGCGAGCCCGUGGCGUUCCAGCGCGUCCUGGCCCUGAUCAAGGCCACGGGCGCCGGCGCCGCUGGGCGAGCGGGAGGAGCGGGGAUGAUGGCCAGCAGCGCGGCCAGCGGGGGCGUGGCCAGCGUCGUGCAGGCAAGCAGCGGGGGUGCCCAUGACGGUGCACAGCGGGACGCCAGCGAGGCAGCGACGGGCGAGGCCGAGCGAGACGCGAGCGCAGCUGCCCAGGGCACGGGCCAUGGCGCGACCCAUGACGCGACCGGCUCCCCCCGCAGGCCUCGGGAAGGUGGCGAAGGGGCGGCAAAGGAAGAAAUCGCCGCGCCCGGCGCGCGCCUCUCCACGCAGGCCUGCCCGCUCCCCGCGGAGCUGGAGGCGGCGGUGGCGCAGGUGCUGGGCCAAGGCACCUUUGGCGAGGGCUCCCCCUUCUCCAGCGCCGCCUUCCGCGACCGGCUGGCGACCUUCCUCGCCGAGCAGGUCGCUGCGCUGCGCGCCGCGCGGGCACGCCUGGGCCUGCCCGCCGACGCGCGGGGUGCCGGCCACCUGGAGCACCUCGUGCGCGUGCAGGCGCUGACGCGCGAGGCGCUGGCAGGGUUCGUGGCGCAGUGCGCCGCGCGCUACGAGCGCAAGCGCAUCGAGCCCGGGGCGACGGUCGGGGCCUUUGGCGCGCAGAGCAUCGGCGAGCCUGGCACGCAGAUGACGCUCAAAACGUUCCACUUUGCCGGCGUCGCGUCCAUGAACGUGACGCUGGGAGUCCCGCGGCUCAAGGAGAUCAUCAACGCGGCCAAGAACAUCUCCACGCCGCUGAUGCAGGUCGCUUUAUCGGUGGACGGCUCGGAGCAGGCGGCGCGGAUCGUGAAGGGGCGCCUGGAGCGCACGCGCCUCGGCGGAGUGGCCGCCUCCAUCCGCAUCAUGCUCAAGCCCAGCGGGAGCCAUGUCCAGGUGCGUCUGGACAUGGAGAACAUCCACAAGCUGCAGCUGGGCCUCAAUGCCUCCACCGUGAAGCUGGCCCUGAUGGAGGCGCCCAAACUCAAGCUGAAGGCCGAGCACAUCCUCACGCUCGGUGAGGACCAGCUGGAGGUGCGGCCGCCGCUGGAGCCGGCUCGGGUGCCCGUCCUCUUCCAGCUGCAGACGCUGGAGAAUGCGCUGCCCGGGGUCAUCGUGAGGGGCAUCCCCACGGUGGAGCGCGCCGUGAUCAACAAGAAGCAGGGCGGCGGCUUCAAUCUGCUCGUGGAGGGCACCAACCUCGCGGCGGUGAUGGGCACGCCCGGCGUGGCGGGGCUGGCGACGCGGAGCAACCACGUGGCGGAGGUGGUGGCGACGCUGGGCAUCGAGGCCGCGCGCGCCACGGUGAUGGAGGAGAUCGCCUACACCAUGGGGCAGCACGGCAUGGCCAUCGACGCGCGACACACCAUGCUUCUGGCCGACUGCAUGACGGCGCGGGGGGAGGUGCUGGGCAUCACGCGCUUCGGCAUCGCCAAGAUGAAGGACUCGGUCCUCAUGCUGGCCAGCUUUGAGAAGACCACCGACCACCUGUUUGACGCCGCGCUGCACGGCCGCGUGGACGACAUCACGGGCGUGAGCGAGUCCAUCAUCAUGGGCAUCCCCAUGCCCACCGGCACGGGGCUCAUGAAGGUCCUGCAGCGCGCGCCGCCGGGGAAGGUCCUCGCCCGCAGGCCGGCACCGCUGCUGGCAUGA